AAGGUCUCCCGCUCGCCACAGGCAUAUUAGCCUUCCCAAUGAGGUCUAGAUCUUGUUCGCCCAAGUCGUGGCUGGCGGCUGAGGGUCGCUUGAUGCUCCGCGCCCUCGGUAUAUAAGAGACUUCCACUCGCCUUCAGUUAUCACCACCCCGGGCAACCGAAGCGUCAUCCGCUUGCGUAGACGUCCGAAUCGAGUGAGUUUCUCGAUCGACGCAUCUACAGGACGACUACUCGCUCACCUCUGUCUAUGCAGGUUUGCGAGUCAUGCCGAGCAAGGGUAAGGGCAAGGAAAAAGCGGCCAAACACCGUGUCCUCGACCCCUACGAGAAGCCCAUCAGAGACCUCACCAUGGAGGAGCUCAACGAGGCGUUGAAGGAGAACCCUAAGCACAAGAGCCUCCAGUGGGAGCACCACAAACGCAUCCUCGCAAGCUGCGACAAGGCCCUGAACGACUUGCAGGUCGUGCGCGAGCGGAGAAAGAUGAUGCAACUGCACCUCAAGUUUCUGCAGGAGGAGUUGAAGGCCAACAAGAAGGCCGCGGACAGAGCUCUCAAGACGCAGAAGAAGCUCCAGCGGUCGAUAUACUGGGAGCACAGCCCGAAGGCGAGGUUCCUCAUGAUGGACGUGAAGUACGCGAUUGCGGAGCCCUACAGGGCGAACAGGGAUCCCGCUCUCUCCGAGGGCGAGCAGCGCGACAAGGAGCUCCUCCAGCUCUGGGCGGAUGCAAGCGACACUGAGACUUUUUGGGAGCACAUGAAGGAUAUCCUACCUCCCGAUUUCGAAGAAAAUCUGCCCGAGAACAAGAGAAGGCGGAGGAAGGAAGAGGCAGAACGCAGAUGGAAUGAAGAGUGGCAGCGGCCAAGUAUUCGCAGCUGGCGCGCCGAGGCAGAUCGGCGAAGGAUAGAGCAUAACUUCAUCAACAUGCCUGACUUCUAGGUGCCUCGGAUUGUCCAGCAAGAGUCGGCUUUAGUCGCUCCCCCGAAUAUGCCCUCGGGUUCUUAUUACCUAUAUGUCAUCAGCCUAUGCGACCACAAGUAUGACUCCUGU